AUGCAGGACUGCCAGAGCACGGCCGCUUCCCCAUGGCGUCAGCCUAAAUUUCAGCAAGCGCGCGGGGAUCGGCAGCUGUGGCUAGGAGCCCGUCUUCGAAACACGAACCGCUUGCGUGACCCCAGCGCACGCAGCGUUACCGGAGAGCCGCAGGCCUGGCGGGCUGUGCCGUGCCAUCGGGACGGCUUCCACGCGGACGAUGAGAGCCAGGCCACUGGUGGAGGGUCCCCCCCCAACCCCACCGGCACGGCCGGGCCCUCCGCCGAGCCGCUGCAGGACGAAGCGGAUAACCAGGAGAACAUCCUCUCCCAGCUGUUAGGUGACUACGACAAGGUGAAGGCGGUGUCCGAAGGCUCCGACUGUCGGUGCAAAUGCCUGGUCAGACCCCUUGGCCGCGGUGCCUGCCAAAGGAUUAAUGAAGGCGCUUUCAAAGCAGAGGAUUUUUACACGGUGGAAACCAUCACGUCGGGACCCAGCUGCAAGUGUGCGUGCGUGGCCCCCCCCUCGGCGCUCAAUCCUUGCGAGGGGGACUUCAGGCUGAAGAAGCUGCGGGAGGCGGAGAGCAGCGACCUGAAGCUGUCCUCCAUCGUCGAGAUGCUGGAAAAUGCCUUUUAUGGCUUAGACCUUCUGAAGCUGCACUCGGUCACAACCAAGCUGGUGGGUCGGGUGGAAAAGCUGGAGGAGGGCAUGUCUGGGAACUUCAUGCAGGAAGGCCACGAGACAGGAGCCAACGUGGAGGAAGGCUUGCACCGCAGGGACAGGGAGAACUGCUCCAGCCUCAUCACCAACAGCCUUGCCGACAUUGAGAGCUCGCUGCAGCGGGACGCCGAGGCUGCCUACACACACGGCAAAUACGAGGAAAGAUUCCUGAAAGAUGAAACCAUCUCCCAGCAGAUCAACUCCGUUGAGUCCCUCCCGGAGCUGCACCUCUCUCCAGAGGACGAGAAGCCCAAGCAGCUCUUGCAAAGGAAGCUGCACGUGAGGAGCCGGCCGCCUUCCAAGCCCACCAUCGUCCGAGGGGUCACCUACUACAAAGCCCAGUCCACCGAGUCGGAGAACGACAUCGAGGAGCAGCCAGACGAGCUGUUCAGCGGGGACAACACGGUGGACCUGCUGAUUGAGGACCAGCUCCUGAGACCCAGCAGCAGGGUGGGGGACGGCGUGAGGAAGCCCUCCCCGGUGGGAUGGCCGCCCUCCCCGGUGGGAUGGCCGCCCACCCCCGGGAGCGACCCCACCACCCCGCCGGCCGCCGACACUGCCGCCACGGCCACGGUGCCCUUGUCCCCUGCCACGUCCACGGGACCCACGCCAGAUCCCACCGCUGUGAGCCGGCUGACCCCCACCCCGGAGACCACGACUGCCCCGGCGGGGCUGGCAGAGGAGGAGACCCCGCAGCUACCGGCAGCCUUGGCCAGCACAGUGGCGGCCACGGAGACCCUGCCCACAGCCACCACCACUGUCCCCAGCCCUGCCGUGGCCACCACUGCCGGGGCCUCGAGGGAUGUGGGGACGAGCCCUGCCCUGGAGACCAGCCCAGGAGCUUGGGGACAGGUGGGCACCCCCGCAACGCCAGUCAGCCCCACCAUCCCCGCCACCCCGAAGCAGGCCCUGGAGGAGGAGGACAUCAGGAACAUCAUUGGGCGCUGCAAGGACACGCUGUCCACCAUCUCGGGGCCCACCACCCAGAACACCUAUGGGCGCAACGAGGGGGCCUGGAUGAAGGACCCCCUGGCCCGGGAGGAGCGGAUCUAUGUCACCAACUACUACUAUGGAAACACGCUGGUGGAGUUCAGGAACCUUGACAACUUCAAGCAAGGUCGCUGGAGCAACUCCUACAAGCUCCCGUACAGCUGGAUCGGGACAGGGCACGUUGUCUACAACGGCUCCUUCUACUACAACCGGGCCUUCACGCGCAACAUCAUCAAAUACGACCUGAAGCAGCGGUACGUGGCCGCCUGGGCCAUGCUGCAUGACGUGGCUUAUGAGGAGUCCACCCCGUGGCGGUGGCGAGGCCACUCGGACGUGGACUUCGCUGUGGAUGAGAACGGCCUGUGGGUCAUCUACCCGGCCAUCAGCUACGAGGGCUUCAACCAAGAGGUGAUCGUGCUGAGCAAGCUGAACGCGGCCGACCUCAGCACCCAGAAGGAGACCACGUGGCGGACGGGACUGCGGAAGAACUUCUACGGGAACUGCUUUGUCAUCUGCGGGGUGCUGUACGCGGUCGACAGCUACAACAAGAGGAACGCCAACAUCUCCUACGCCUUUGACACGCACACCAACACGCAGAUCAUCCCCCGGCUGCUCUUUGAGAACGAGUAUGCCUACACCACGCAGAUAGACUAUAACCCCAAGGACCGCCUGCUCUACGCCUGGGACAAUGGGCACCAAGUCACCUACCACGUCAUCUUUGCCUACUGAGACCCCCCCCGCCACAGUGGGGCACUGCGAGCCAGGGGCCACCAGCACCUUUUUAUUAUUAUUUUUAUUGUUAUUAUUGUUAUUUUGUACAAAUCAAAGAGUAAAUGAUGGUUUUUGUUUCAAGCUGGUUUUUUUUUUUUUUUAUGGUGGAUUGUAGAUCGAUCCCCAGGCCAGAACUACCCCCUUUGUUUUUGUUGUAACCUUGCUUCUG